GUUACCAUUGCCUGAAAUGCCCUCGAAUGUACUUCAACCACGAGUAGUUAUUCCACCUCCUGUCAGAUCAAAGAUAUUGGCAGACCUUCAUGAAGCUCACCCCGGGGUGUCGCGUAUAAAAGUCCUGGCUCGAAGCUACGUGUGGUGGCCUAGCCUUGAAGCGAACAUUGAGCAACAGGCAGGGGCGUCGUGGGUCCCAUGUUGUUUUUUUUUUGGGGGGGGGCAAGGGCAGUAUUUUUCCGACAAACUCAAUUGGAAAAAAAUUUUCCGGACAAGGACAUUUUAAUUUAUCUCCCCCCCCCCCGUCGACAACUUUUUUGGUAAAAACUUUUUCCGGACAAGAACGUUACAAUUGCUUUCGUAGCACUUUUUCCGAACUAGCAGUCGGUGGGCCUGCGUAUAUGCAGGUAUGCUUGACCACGAAGAUUCCAACAACAUUACCAAUUUUCCGACGGGUCUCAACAAGGGGGGGGGGGGGCAUGGACCCCCUGCCACGGCGCCAUUGGCAACAGGUCAAAGGAUGUGACCAGUGUCAGCUCCACCAGUCCGCUCCAGCAGCUGCACCCCUACACCAUUGGGAAUGGUCUGGCCACCCCUGGAGCAGACUGCAUAUUGAUUAUGCAGGUCGCUAUCAUGGUGAAAUGUUUACGAUGGUCAUACAGUAGAUGCCUUCUCUAAAUGGCUAGAGGUUCAUUUAAUGAAAAAAUGUCACACAUCGACUGCCACCAUUGAGAAAUUAAGAGAGAUCUUCGCAACCCAUGGCUUGCCAGCAACUGUCGUAAAUGAUAAUGGUACCAAUUUCACAAGCAAUGAAUUCCAGGAAUUCAUGAAACGUAACGGAAUCAAACACAUCAGAGUGUCACCUUACCAUCCGGCAUCCAACGAGGGAACGAUGAAAGAGGCAACUAUCAGAAUGAGAUUGUCAAGAUUCCUUUUCAAUUAGCGCAUAAUACCACACACAACAACUGGAGUGGCACCUGCAGAGCUGUUGAUGAAAAGACGACUUCGAACACACCUGGAUCUGGUAUAACCGAGAGUGGAGGAGCAUGUAAGUGAUAAGCAAUUUCGGCAAAAACUGGCACAUGAUCAGCAUGCCAAAGAAAGAGCAUUUAAAGCUGGGGAUCAGGUAUUUGUAAGAGAUUUUCGGAAACCUAAGGCAUGGCUGUCUGGACUAUCGUUAAAAAAACUGGACCUGUGUCAGCUGAGAUACGGUUAGAAGAUGGACAAACCACCCGACGACAUUUCGACCAUAUUCGAAUACGCACAACCGCAACUGAGGAACGUAGAGCAGAGGUCGUGAAUGAUAUCUUACCACCAAGUGGGGAUAUACCACUCCCUGAACAACCUGAAGUGGUCCAUCCAGCUGAGGACAGACCCCGUGCUAGACGACAACCAGUCAGGGAGCGCCGUAUUCCGCAACACUUGUAUGACUAUGAACUAAGGAACUAGUCAAAAUGGCACUUUGAAACAUUACUAACAUACUGUUACAUACUCUUAUUAGUUUACAUUCUGUUAUUGUUACGAACAUGUUUAGAACUUAUUGGGGAGGAAUGUAGUAAUUUGUCCCCCCUGGAUUAGCCUGCGAACAGCCAUCCGAACGUUGUUCUUGUUGUUAGCCAGCGACUCGGGAAUUUAUUACAGACAAUACCUUAUUAUCUAUCUAUUGAUCUAUCUAUUUAUAUACCUGGUCACUAUAUCUAUCACUGACUCAUUUGAAAUUUUUCCACUCAUCUGCAUAAUAUUCCAUUAAAAAGGACUAUCACCAGCGCUAAAAUUUUAUUUGGAUUAAUUUCCAUAUUAUUUAACAAAUAACCAAACCUCAUUUUCUCUUCAGGAAACUGCAUGUUUACUAAUCAAUCUUUUAGUUUCACAGUUUCAUUAAAAGACUAUUUUAAACUAAAGUUGUAAGAAAUCUUCCCUUCCUGUUUUACUGAGUUAAGCAAUCUUACUGGCAAUUAAUUUUACCUGUUCGCGAUUCUCACACAACUCCAUUCCAAUUCCUCCGCCACCAUUUGGUGACUUGAGUACAACAGGGUAACCAAUGACGUCCCCCAACGACAAAGCUUCCUGCGUGUUUGUAAUCACAUCAGACGAGGGUGCUGUUGGGAGAUGGACAUUCUUUGCCACUUGCCUCGCCGCGAUCUUGCACCCAAGAAGAAGCAUAUUUUCUGCAGUAGGUCCAACAAAUUGAAUACCCGCUUCUCUACAUUUCUGCGGAAAGGCCGGAUUUUCAGCUUGAAAGCCGUACCCAGGAUGAAUGGCAUCGCAAUAGGUCUGCUUCGCCAGACGGAUGAUCUCUUCGAUGUCCGUAUACGAAGCCAAAGGGUGCUUUUCUUUUGACUGUGUAACGUGAAGAGAUUGAUAAUCAUCUUCAGUGUAGACUGUUACGUAGUCAAUACCCAUCUUUUUGCAGGUUUUUAUUAUUCUACACGCACACACUCCUCGGUUUGCUACCAGAAUCUUUUUCACGCUAACCAUUCUUCCACUCAUCAAUGGAUAAAAGCUGAAUACAGAAAACAUGUAAUUAUAUGGAUGCUGAUAGAUUUUUGAGUUGAAAGAUUUAAGGUAUUAAUAAAAAGUCGCACUCAGUGGAAAAAAUUUUGAAAAUCCAUAGAAGGUCAUAGAAUGGAAAUUUUAUGGACCUUUAUUGGAAAUAGAAUGGAUUUUGGUUAUCUAUAAUAAUUGUAUAUUUCCAUAGUAUGAAUAUAGUAUGGAAAUAGUAUGGAUACACUAUGGAUUUAGUGGUGCAAUUGCAAAUUUCGUAGUAUGGAUUUCACUUUUUUUCCCAGUGACUUGUAUUUGGUGAAAUAUUUCUAAUUGCUUAGUUUUUUUAAAAUAACUCGAUUUUCUUGCGUUCUGGGCAAUGUUUGAUAUGCAGAAAUACAAGAACUAGCUAUGCCUAUAUAGUAUAGUAUAGGUUAAUUUGUUCAAAAACGUAACAACAAUCUUGCAAGGCAAAGACUCGGCCCUGGUGGAGUUGCAAACGAAUUUAGGUAAAAGCCAGUUGUACAAGUUCAGAGUCCAUCGAAGUUACGCGAGCAAAUUCCGAAGGCAACUGCAGAUGAAGAUAUCACUGGCACUCUGGAUGGCGUUGAAUCUGAUCACUUAUUGUAAGUUCUUUGCGUAGCAAUAGGGUAGAAUGAUUUCUUAAAGCUUACGGGGGUUUUACUUGAGUAGCCUGAGGGAUUUGAACUUCGUCUUUGACGAAGAUAGAGAAUAGAUGAACAGACGUAUAGAUUUCUUUAAUUCGAUGUAUCGAUAGUGUUCAAAUAUAGCAAUAAUCAAUCACCAAUCAAACGAGUUCGAACUAUAAGGAAAAAUAGUGACUAAAUAAAUACCAUGCAAUAGUUAUACUAAUAUACUAAAUCAACUUGACUACGCUAAAUUGCUGUCUAAAUAUGCGCAUGCUUUCUAAAACUAAUUAAGCAAACAAAACAAAUAUAUAAAUCCUACUUUGGUGUCCUCUUGUUCCUCAAGUAGCGUCCAGUAAUCGUUUCUUGUUUUCUUCGUUAGCGUGAAUAAUUAGCUUUCUCACGCCACCAUUUUUGGGUUGGGGUAUUUCUGCGAGAUAAGGCCACAUAACAGCGACUUUUUAUAAUUUUUUGGACAAAUUAUGGUAAGUUUGUUUUGUAAAUGUAAAAUGGCUAGUUUAUUUUGAAAAAUUGCUUUUCACAUUGUUUUAAUUGCCUGCAUUUGUUAACGAGAAUUGGAUGCCACCCAAAAAUGGCGGAUAUUCGUCAUCGUGAGAAAGGCUAAUUGAUCCUUACAGAUCGGUCGUACUGUUCAAUCUGAUCUAUCACGCAAGCCCCCUUUGCAUGUGACGUAACAAAUACAUGCCCAGAGGCUUGAGUGACGUUUCAAACUAACAUUCCGGCCCCUUAAAGGCGUACAGUAUACUAGUGCCUUUAUAAAUUAAUAACAAACUGUUUGAAACAAAACUCAUGCAUAACAUAAUAUAGCGUCAUAUUAAUGCGUAAAUGUUAUCUUAUACUCAUCUUGUCUUCGUUGUUCACUUCGAACAUGUCCUUCAUUUCCUUCACGAUGAACUUCGAUCACACGAGCCAACGGCCACGAACUACGCGGUGUAUUCUCUUGAAGUAGAAGCCGACGUCGCCGACUUCUACGUUCAUUCUCGGUUGAUUACACUUUUGUCGUUCUUCCAAUAUCGGAAGAUACUCCUUCAGCCAUCUCCGCCAGAACACGUCUGCCAUAUACUGUACUUGUCGCCAUCUGCGCCGCGUGUACAAAUCUUCCUUCACGGGUAGAAGUGGGGAACCUGCACGUGAUAGCAGCAGGUGGUUUGGGGUUUCAGAGUCUGUUCAUGAAUCAGCGCUCUCAUCACCUUCCGAUCCUCACCGUACGGAUGCAUCGCUCCCAAACGCCGCCGUGAUGAGAUGCAGUGGGUGGGUUAAAAAUCCACUUGAUAUUCUUCAGUAAUAGAACUUGAUGUAUCUUAUGUUGGUUCCAUUCUUGGUCUUUUGCACGAUGUUGAGGAUGAACCUUUCAGCGUUCUCCACUUCGUCAAGCUUUAACGGUGCCGGCUUUUCUUUUGACAUAUUGAUCGUUUCGCCGCUCUUUCGCUUUCGUACGGUUUCCCGAAGUUGUUUCACGUAGCGGAUUGCCCAUGCAAUUGAUUUCCUGAGCUGUUGCCAGGAAGAGAAUUUAUCGAAUCGGGAACACAUAUCCACAUAUCGUUGGCAGGUUCAUCGAUCAUCAUCAGAUGAGACGCUGGUAUAGAUGUCGUUAAAGUUGUUGUGGCGUUUCUUCUUACUUCUGGAUCGCAUUCAGGAAUAUCAGACUUCAUUUCUUCUUGGUUUAAUUUGGCCAGUGCUCGCGAGACUUCCAGAAGAAGUCCGGUCCUUUCAACCAACGUUCUUCCUCCAAUAAUUCCCUUGCUGUUAAUUCUCGAGAAGCGUCAUCUGCCGGAUUUGAACUGGUAUUUACAUAUUUCCAUUGAGACAAUUCAGUCGCAUCUUGAAUCUUUGACACUCUAUUGGCUACGAAGGUUUGGAAUCUUGUGCUCUCGUUGCCAAUGUAUUUCAAAACGCAGGUGCUGUCCGUCCAGAAUACAGAUUCAUCAACUUUCAUGUCGAGCUCUCCUUUCAUCAUCUUAUUGAGCCUUGCAGCAACUACGGCCGCAGACAGUUCCAAUCUGGGGAUCGUUAUAGCUUUCAACGGUGCUAAUCGAGACUUGCCAAUCAAGAAACAACAAUGGAUGUCUCCUCGUUGGUUGAAUAUUCUUUCUGGGAAGCAUCAGAGAAUCAAUGUAUGCAGCUCGCAUGAAGUGAUCUCACCGAAAUCAGCAGGUUUGAAACAACGGUCGAUAACGAUUCUUUCGAGUUUGGAUAGCAUGCUUAGCCAAUAUAUUCUGCCAUCGAUGGAGUGCAUCUUCAGAAAUUUGCUCGUCCCAUCCUAACUUGCUCCGACAAAGGUCUUGUAAUAUGGUUUUAGACAAAAGGACAAAUGGUGAAACAAAUCCGAGGGGAUCGUAGAUCCAACUCACCACGGAGUGAAUGCCUCGUCUGGUUGCUGGUGGAUCCUUGAUGGUUAUCUUGUAGCCAAACUUAUCAGAGAUGAUAUCCCAAAGUACACCAAGUGCUCGUUCUACGUGAACUUUGCUAAAAUCCAGGUCUUUCACCGUAGCUGCUCGUUCAAUUUCUGGUAAGGAUUCUAACACCUCUCGCGAGUUUGAAGUCCACUUCAUUAAACGAAAGCCACCUUUCUGCAGAAGUUCGUAGAGAUUGCUUGCGAGAUUGAUACACGUUUCUUAAUUCAUCUUCAACCGAUUUCAGGCAAUCGUCAACGUAGAAGUUUCUUUCUAGAGUGUUUAUUGUCUCCGCGUCGAAAUUCUGUCGAUUAUCUUCAGCAGUUCUUUUCAGUGCAAAAUUGUUGCAGCUUGGAGAUGAGAUACCGCCAAAAAGAUGAACUGUCAUCUGGAAUUCUUCUGGAUUAAUAGAUGCGUCACCGUUCGGCCAUCACAGGAAACGUAGCACAUCGCAAUCUUCGAGUGGAGUUCGCACUUGGUGGAACAUGGCUUCAAUAUCGGCCAUGAAAGCCACAGGACUUUGUCGGAAUCUGGUCAAGACACCCGUCAACGAGUUCGUCAAAUCCGUCCCCUGUAAGAGCUCAUCAUUCAGAGAAGUACCUUCGAAUUUUGCAGAACAAUCAAACACCACUCUUGUCUUGCCUGACUUCUGUGGGUGAAACACUGGGUGGUGAGGUAGAUAUCAAACGUUGCCAUUUUUGUGAGUGAGUCGUUCUUCUGGUAUCUUUCUUGCGUAGCCUUUCUUCACGAGAUCGUCAAUAUAAUUGCUGCAAUUCUUCAGUAGUUGAGGAUCUUUGUCUAACCGUUUCUUUAGGAACUUCAGACGACGUUCUGCCAUUGCUCGGUUAUUUGGUAAUUUGGGGGUGGUCUUCUUCCAGGGUAAUGCGACUUCAUAAUGGCCAUCUUUCAACGUAAUGGAUUCGUUCAUUACUUGGAGUGCUCGUUGGUCCUCUCUCGAUAGCGUAGUUUUGUCUGUAUCUUGCGUUUCAGCGAUUUCCAUGUUGCAAAAUUCUUUGAACUGGUUUUCCAGACCGGGCAUCGGUUGCUUGCAAGUAAUUGGUGAUGCGUUCUGUUGAAGCAUUUCUUCCUAAUGGACCGUUAACUACCCAACCAAAUAUUUUUUCGCUGUGUAUGGACCACCGUCUUUACUCCUCCGUAUUUCAAUUGUUUCUAGAACUUCGGGUGCGUCGCAUCCGAUUAACAGUCCAAUUUCUCAACGACAUUUUCCUAAAUUGCUGGCAUUGCGAUAACCAAUGAUUGUUGUCACAUUCUGGACAUUUGGGUGACGAUUUCUUGGGGACAUGAGAAGAGGAUUUAUCUUGGUUAUCAAUAGCAAAAUUAUUCCUAAAGUUCCCAUCACGUCUUCGAUUACGGUUCGGUUCCUUUUGAUCAUCCUUCGUUUCGUAUGAUAGAUUUCCAAAUAUAGGAUGAGAUGAAGCUCGAGCCUUUGCUCCCACGAACACAGCUGUGUCAUUGUCGACCACGUCUCUCCAAUUAUUUCGCAUACCAUAAGGCAAACGUUCAAUUAUAUUUCUUAAGCUGUCUGGAUUAUCUAGCUUGCUUGAAUACCCAAUGGUUCUGAGCAUGUUCUUGCAGCUUGUCAAAAGGAUGGAAAAGCGUUGAAGAGCUGCAGCAUUUUCGGACUUUAUCAUUGGGCCGGUGGUCACGCGAUCAACGUAUGAUGCAGCGAUUUUGUAAUCCUGGCCAUAUCUUCGCUUCAACAGCUGGCGUGCUUCUGCAUAACCUUCUUCACCUUUCAUCCAUAAGCAACUUUUCAUCAACUCUUUCACGUCGCCCUGAGUGUACUGAAUAAGAUAAUACAGUCUAGCGCUAUUACUAUCUGUAUUCGCUUCGAUAAGAUUCUCGAACGCUCGUAUGAAUGUUUGGUAGUCGAUUGGAUCACCACUGAAGACGGGAACUUCAGGUUUCGGUAGCAUCAAAGCAUUAGCGCUUUGUUUUUGGGUUUGUAGAAAACGUUCAAAUUGAGCGUUGUCGUCAUCUCUUUGCUUUCGCGUGGCUUCGAGGUUUUUAUCAGGAACAACGUCCGCGUUUCUCUUUCUGACUUCGGCAGAACAGGUUUGAUCUGGUGAUGUAUCCACUGUUUCACAUUCAUUUACGUUCGGAGAUUCAACAACAUUUCGGGAUCGCUUUGUAUGCGAACAUCGUAUCUCUUUGCGACGAACCCAUUACAUACAUACAUACAUACAUAAAAAUUUGUUUAAACACGUUAGCCCUAACAUCUUUCGAUGAUUCCCAUAGGGGACGUGUAAGAUUAACACUAAUAUUAGUUUAUUAACUUUAUUACGCAAUCUCUUAUAAUUAUGCCAAUGCGAAUCAGAUUUCAGUUUUAUGGCCUUUUUCUUAUGGUAGUCUCUUCUGCUCAUAGCUGACCUUAUUUCCGCUGUCAUCCACGGAGUGGUGUAUUUCCCUGAUCUUAUAUGUCUAACAGGAGCAUGUUUAUCUAGUGUUCCGAUAAAUAGUUCCUUCCACUUAUUCCUAUUGGAUCGUUUGUUGUGAAAAUAGUUUGCCAAGGAAUAUUGGUUAGGUCGGAUAUAAAUUCUGUUUCAGAAAAGUGUUUAAAAUUACGAACUUUUUUAAUAGUUGGCCUACGUUUAAGUGGUUUGAAUUUGUGAACUGCGUAUAUUAGGCUGUGAUCUGAUAUAUCCACGUGAAUGACGCCAGCAUGAGAUAUUUUUUCAGGAACAUUUGUCAGAAUAAGGUCAAUUAUAGUAGCAGACGUUCUCGCAACCCUGGUUGGUUCUUCUAUUAACUGAGCCAUGUUAUAUAAUGUAUUUAUAGAUUGAAAUCUGAUUGUAUGCGCUUCUGGUGGGGAUUUAGCAACAUCACAGUUUAUAUCUCCUAAUAGAAUUAGUUCUUUGUUUUCAGCAUUCACGAUUAAGAAGAAAAAUAUCGUAUGCAUCAAAUAGAUCCGUACUUGAAUUAGGUGGUCUAUACCAUGUACUAACUAGAAAUGACCUGUUGAAAGGUUGAUUAAUUUCGAUACAGAUAAUUUCCAGUUUAUUUGGAACUAAGUCAUUUCUAACCAAAAUGGAGAGGUGUUCUUGAACAUAUAUUACAACACCACCUCUUUUUAUUUCUAUUUCUAUCUCUUCUAACUAUAGUUUAUAACCUGGUAUACUUACGUAAUGAAUCAAUUUUCGAUUCGUUAAUAGUAAAGAUGUGAAAGGAAUACUGUGAUAAAAUAUAACGAAUAUGUUCAAUAUUUUUUAAUAGACUAUUGAUAUUUAUUAUUUUCAGACCUUUUAGUUUUCCCAUGCAUUUGAAUUGGUAGCUUACAUAUUCAUCAUGCUGUAACUCGGGUGUUGGGGGGCUGAUAGAGCUAGAGAUGUUAAAAAGUUCCCCAGUUGUAACAGUUGGCUUGUCUGAAAAUCCUGACCAAUUACCAAACCUACUGUUUCCUUGCUUUGUUCUUGUUUGGGUGGUCGUUUUAUUGCCUUCUCGAAUAAAUUUAAUGAAAUUGACAGCUAAAUAGGCAGACCGUUCAAGGCAGUCCUAUCAAUACAAUGUUCUCAUUGUUUAUAAAACCAUUAAACACGUUUGGGCAAUUAGUGUAUUUGUUUUCCUUAUGUCUUCCCAGUUAAAGCUUUGAUGCACGUGUGGGUUCAGCAGAGUGCCGAGACAUUCAAAUUCUAACAAUACGUUAUUUCAAUAGUUUUCGGGUUUUUUGGGACACCCUGUACAAUAAUUCGGUAAUCCGUAUUAUAAAUGGACCAAAAUCGAACUAAUGUAAGCUCUUUGCGUAGCAAUAGGGUAGACUGAUUUCUUAAGGCUAGUUUCCACUCAGGAAAAUUAUCCGUGGAUUGGAACGGACAAGGAAGUUUUUCUUUGUCUUGUGAGCUCUGGGUUGGAACUAUAUAUUAAUGACUUUAACACAAAGAAAGCUUUAAAGCUACGGGGGUUUUUACUUGAGUAUAGCCCGAGGGUUUCGAACUUCGUCUUUGACGUAGAUAGAGAGUAGAUGAAUAGACGUAUAGAUUUCUUUAAUUCGAUGUAUCAAUAGUGUUCAAAGAUAGCAAUAAUCAAUCGACAAUCAAACGAGUUCGAACUAUAAAGAAAAAAUAGUGACUAAACUAAAUACCAUGCAAUAUAAUAAUUUCUUAUCAUUACUUAGUGGUGGAAAACGUACAAUUUUGAAUUGAUUUUGUUAAACAAGGACUAAGGAUGAAGCCUAAACUUAUAUUCCGUUUAUCUAUUUGUUAUUCUUCGCUGGUUUGUUUGUAUAAAUUUAGGAAAGGGGACUUUUCCUGGGGUGCCUCCUCCCCCCCCCCCCCAGCUUGUAUGUUAAAAAAGGCCAUGAACGAAUUUAUAACUUCAAGUAGAGCAGAAAUCAAUGAGUUCAUAAUCUGUUCAACAAGUGUUACUGACGUGUUGCGAAUAAGCUAUUGAGCUAAUUCGUAGAUCUUUCUUCAAAAUGUUAAAAAAACUCCGUCAUUUUGGUCUUGAAGUUGCGUGCUUUUGCGUUGUUUACUAUAGAAAUUUCUGUAAAUGAGCCAGCGACGCGUCUUUAAAGCGUCGUACCACCGUUUUGCCAUGCGCAAUGUAAAAAAGUACACGCGGAUUCGAAAAGCCUGGGCUCUUGCGAACAUUUUGAUUGGAAAAUUUUAUAUUUUGGCGCAAUUCAGACCCCGUCAUUUCGCGAUUGAAAAGGUUAGACAAUGAUCUCGACUUCAUUGUCUGUUAGGUUUUGGCUGCUGGUUUGGAAUCCACUUGGGAUUACUCUAUUUUAUAUAUUUGCGGUAUAUUUAUUCGACAACUUGGUUUGUUAAUGAGCAAAUACUUGAUGUGCUGCCUGGGCAUUGUACAAGGCAUUUUUAAUUGAUCUAGCUAUUUUACUUUAUUUAUAUUAUUAAGGCUUGGAUGUUUAUACUUUAUAUGUACAACGACUUUAUUAUGUGCAAUAUAGAUAGUUUAACGCCUUCUUAUUCAUUUUUGGGAUGUACAAUUUUGUAAAAGCCUUUCUCUGGUCGGCAUCGCUUCAAGACAGUCGCCAUAUGGCGUUCAGUAAUAUACUUACGCAAGUAAAAUGACACCAAGUGGCAACUGCGCUUGCGCAAACUCGUUUGAGCAAAUGUCGCUCGCAGUAGCUAGGCUUAUGUUUUGGCUAAGCCGUAAUUUUAGCCGCUGCUUUGAAGCAAGUGUUGAAUUUGCCAGUGUGUGCGGGCACCUCUAGCCUCCUCCGCAGGAAACUGUAGUUCUGCAACGUUAUUAAAAGAUUUAUCAGGAACGUAGAAAAUACAAGGAAAUAGUUCUGAAAUACAAUAUUAUAUUAAUAAACAAGAAGCGUAAAUUAAAAAGGCCUGGAGCGGAAAAAUAGGUACUCCAUUACUUCCUACAUUAUCCACAAGCCUCCCUAUUUUUCCGCUCCAGGCCUUUUUAAUUUACGCUUCUUGUUUAUUAAUAUAAUAUCGUAUUUCAGAACUAUUUCCUUGUAUUUUCUACGUUCCUGAUAAAUCUUUUAAUAACGUUGCAGAACUACACAGUUGCCUGCGGAGGAGGCUAGGGCACCUCUGUGGUGGUGGUGCGGGCAUGUUUUUUGUCGGAUUACUAGGUGUUUAUAUGUAAUUAAGAUUUCCUUUUUUGCGUCAUAUAAUUACUUGCCGUCUGGCAAGGCCUGGCAACACGUAAUAUGAAGAAAUUCGGUAAAUAUUCAGUUGUGCAUUGCAUUACACGCGUUUUGCUAAAACAGAAAUUAUUUAGCAAAAGCAGUGUUUGAGCGAAAACUGCAAAUUUCGAGCAUUUUUCGACGCACAACUUUUUUACGCACGACAAUGACGUCAAACGCGGAAAAACACCGAAUGUGAUACCCCCAAGGAAUUUAAGAAAUCUCUUUUUGAUUAAUUAAUUAUAAAACAGAUAUUGAAUGAACAAUCGUCCUCAUAUCAUUUUAAUCCAUAGUUUAUUUAGUAUCAAUUGAAACUAUAUUCUAGUUUAUUGUAGAUUUAAAGUGCCUACCGUGAACCUCCGACUAUAAGCCCUGGGCUUAUAUACUUUCGUAAGCGAUUUUUGAUGGGCUUAUACAAGGGGGGGGGGGUGGCUUAUAUACAGGUGGGCUUAUACAUGGACGAUCUCUUGUGUUAGUAAUAAACAAGUCAGACAUAAACAAGUCAGUCAUAAACAGGGAGUAAACGUGUAUUAAGCAGCGAUUACUGGGCUUAUAUUUAUUGGGGGACUUAUAUUCGGGGGGCUUAUAUUCGGGUGGGCUUAUAUUCGGGAGGGGGCUUAUAUUUGGAAUGAGGUGAGCGUUAGUACAUGUGGUGGGCUUAUACACGGGGGAGGGGCUUAUAUUCGGGGCUUAUAGUCGGAGUUAUAGAAACGAAACUCCGAAAAUAAACAUUUUAAUAUUCAAAUGUUUAUUUUCGGAGUUACCGUUGUUUUAUAUUUUAUUAAAAUACUCAGUGUUUCCCGUAAUUUUAUAGUCGGAGGUUUACGGUAUAUCAUGGUUUUGGAGUUUGCAUAUCUCGAAAGUUUAGAGUAUUUUAAGACACUUUAUUUAUUUUAAAAAGUUACCGGACAUGACGUCAAAAGGAGAAUUUCGUUGCAAUGAUACAAAGGAAAACUGAUUUGCAAUUCUCCUUUUGACGUCAUGUCCGGUAAUUUUAAGAGCUAAUAAAUCCAUCAAGAUGAAAUUUUUCAAUAACAAAAUAUAUUGCAAAGUGUCUUAAUUAAAAUACCCUAAACUUUCGAGAUAUGCAAACUCCAAAUCCAUGCUAAUAGGCACUUUAAUUUUCAUAUUUCUUACUAUAUGUAAAUAGCAGUUUUAAUAAUCAUCAGCGUAUAUAUCGUAUCACCACCUCAGGGUGAAAAGCAUUUCGAUUUUCGUACACAUAACAAUCAAAUUUCGAAAAAUCGUAAGUAUCCACCUUGUUUUCGGACACUUGGGUAUUAGAAAUUUCCGUCUAUUUUCGUAGGCUAUCAGGCCAAGGUGCAGGUUACCUAAUUUGUUCGCGUAUAUUGUGACGGAUUACUCAAAGUCGUUUGUAUAAUGGUAUUGCCUAUUGGCGUGAGAUUACUGUACAGUCUUAUGAUUGUCUGUUUUGACAUGGGUGUUAGCCCCCAAGAGUAACGUGUUUUUUUUUAAUAUUGGCGUGAUCAAGGGCAAAUGAUGGCGUAUCUCCGGCGUACUAAAAUUUACAUGGAAUGCAUCCUGCCAGGAUUCCUGGAUGGCCUGUACUAUACGACAGACUCUCCAGUCUGAAACAUUUGAUCAUGGCACCACAUGCACUUAAACCAGAGUAGAAAUUUGUUGCAUAUUAUUGCAGGGCGCGAUAAAUCAAGAUCAUAGCCAGAAAGCACGGACAUGAUUUAUUCUAUACUUCCUUCGUAAUUUGCAUAUCACGUUGAAAUAUGGCUUUUGCAGUAAACAGUUUAAUACAAAUUAUAUUACGCGAUACUGUAAAUCCCAAAAUCAGAGAAUAUAUGAUAGGUCGUUUGCAACUUGCCUAGUCGCUGGCUAUAAAUCAAAGACAUCAAAGUCUGUCGAAGUAUUUAGCGUAAUGUUGACUUGGUUUUACUAAUUUUAGUUAGUGACCAUUCUGCAUUUUCAUUAUUUGUACAGAGCUGGUUAGUUUGGAAGGUUAGUUUGUACGGAAUUUGUCUAUUUAACUCUAGUAUAUAAUAAUACCGCACUUGACAAACGAAAAUGCAGAAUAGGCAGUAACUUACACCAGGCAAACACUACACGAUAUAUUUCAACAGACCAUGUUCUGCAACCAGCAAUCGAGGCAAAUUGCAAACGACUACCAAUAUUCACUGCAAAAAUGGUUAAAAUGUUAAAGAAAUGAAGACAUUUAGAGACAACACAAGUGAGUUAUAAUAUUAAACAUGUUGUAGGUUUUACGAGUGAUUUGAAAGAGUUUUGGUGCAGUUUUGUGCGUUUAAAAUUAGAAAUACGAUAGGCGAAUUUACCUUUGACACUUUGUUAGUUUGCUUUGAGCUUUGUUUUCCCUGACGCUUUAUAAAAUUUGCUUUUGUUGGCGUUUUUGCCUGUUUACUAAUUGAGAAAUUUAAAAAAAAUUAAGAUUCUUUGCAAUUCUUUGAUAGUUUACUGUAGCUAUCCAUAUUUUUUUGUUUUUAUGUGCCAAAAAUUGCUUAGGCACUCAAGGGUUCAUAUCACAUUUUUCUUAAAAUUGAUUGGCUGUUUGAAUCCUAUGAGUAAAUAUGAUUGGUUGGUUGAAGUCAGCACUCAAAUGUGAUUGGUUGAAAGAAGGUACGAUUUCAGCACGAAUCGCACUGCUAAGAGUGCGAUUCGUGCUGAAAUUGCACUCCUGUGAACCAAUCAGAUUGCAGGAAACACCAUUGAUUUCAAAAUGAAUAUAAUGGCUGAAAUCGUGUUUUCAUGGGGGGGGGGGGGAAAUGAAAUAAAAUAUAUUAUAUUUAAAGAAAACAGUUACAAUCCUUAUGACAAUCCUCAUGUUAAUAUUUGGGGGGAAAUAUGAAAACUUAAUUUCUGCCAGGCAUAUUAGUUAUUUUAUGCAUAAUUAGCAAUUUACCUGGGGGUGGUGCAUGGUCAUUUUCUUGUAAAAUAUUAUACUUAGACAAAUUUUUCCUUCCCAUGACUACCUCUAAAAGCAACCCUUCUAAGCACUAUAGGCGCUUUAGAAUGAGAAAGGCUAUCGCUUUUCCUUUUCGGAAGUUAGAGCUAUGUCGACACUGCCGUUUCAGGGCGGGGUCAUUUUCAGGACUCUUGUCCCGGAUUCAGGUUUUGGCACAUAUACCAUGUUGACCGCCAUGGUCAUUUUACCCUAAAACAGUUGAGGUAAUCCGGGUAACACAGGUAAUCCUGUGCUAAAUGAAAUGUAUACCAACUCAUAUACAAGUCCUAGACUAUAAUAAAACUUAAUUAAAGCCCAAAUCCAAGCUCGAAUCCGAGCUCGGAUUCCGACCUCGAAUCCGAGCUCGAUUCCGAGCUCGAAUCCUUGGCUCGGUAUAUUGCCUUCACAACCGCAAAAAUGCGUUAUAUUUAUACCCGAUCUAAAAGGCUCAAGAUAGUCAGAUCAUGUUUCACUGUAAUCUUAUUAUGAUUGUCAACGCAUUGGUUUCCAACCGUGACAAGACGUCAUUGCCUAUUUUUUAUUUUUUUAUGCGAGAAAACUGGGAACAACCUAGUUUUAAUAACUCUAGGUUGUUUUCAGGCCUAUUGCGCACAAAAAACUAGGUUGUUUCUAGGCCCUUGGGCACUAAAAACUAAGUUGUUCUCAACCUUCCCAAACAGCCAAACUCCUCGGCCAUGAAAUAAACAUCUGCAUGCCUUACAUACUACCUCCUCCGCAGGCCUUUCAAUAAAAUAAAAUUGGUGGGAAACGAACGGAAAGGCCUGCGGACUAAUUUUCCAAAAUGGCGGGAGCCACAAACGUACCAAAUUAUAUUUAAUUAAUAUAUCAUUUUACCAGAACAAUAUUAUUAUUAUUAAAGUCUUUAACUACUUCUGAUAUAGACCGCUUUUCGUAUCCGCAAUGUACAUAAAAACAGUGAACACUGAACAAACAAGCAUAUAUAAUGAUUUAUAAAGAGAAGCAGAUAAAUAUCAGUUUAUAAUUUGCAUAUUACAAAUACGCAGCGCUUUUAUGUAACACGUCGUAUAUCAGGCAUGCGGCCGUUUAUCCAAGAAAUUUAUUCCGUUUAUAUUUGUCUUUUAUACAGUGUAACUAUUUAAAUGCGUGUGUAUAGGCUAUAAUCAAAACAUCCCAUUUGGCCAAAUGAUAGAUUGACAACGUCUAUUAUCACUGUCGCUUGUGCUUGUAAAACCCUCCAUUAUUUGAAUCUCCUCGUCGCUUUUAUCAGCCAUAACUGCCAAGAUGUAUUUAGAAAGUACUCGCAAAACGGGAUUGCUAAAGGUUGGCAGACGAUGUGCCAUAUUUUUGAAGAAAUUUGAUCCAACCGAGUAACCUAAGAGUGAUCUAACCCUCUUUUCCGCGUUUUACCCUCUUUUCCGUUUCCGCUUUUCCGGUUCCGCCGGUCCGUUCCGGACCGUUUCCGCGUUUUACCCCUACCCUUCAGCGGGCCUUACAGCUACGCAAGCCUUCGUCUCAAAUUUCAAAUUUCAACCUGCGAACGGGCAUACUCAUUAGCUGUGUGGCCUGCAUGCGGAGGAGGUACCCUUACAUACCUAUUUGUCUGGUUGUAAUAAUUUUAUAUGCAGAACACUUUUUGUCUUGUGUCUAAUAUAAGUAUGGUUUGAUCGUAAUUGUUAUUGUAAAGUUCUAUAGGGGAACAUCACUGCCACUGGUGCGAUAGAACUUCAUAGACGAUCAAGGACGUAGCGACCGGGGUGUGUGUGUGUGUGGGGGGUGACACCCCCUCCAACUAAGACGAUUUGAAAAUUUCAGGUAAAUCCAUGAAAAACUGGCAUUAAUAAAUCAGGUAAAAAAUCUUGAAAACCCAUAACGAAAACAGGCAAAUAAUAGAGGAUUGAAAUGCGGAAAAUAGAUGAGGUUGAAAUUUGAAAUUUAUUUGAUUUAGCACCACAUUACAUAAAGAUUACAACACAACAAAUAUACAAAAAAAUUAGAAAUUUAACAUGUUGGUGACAAGGAAGCCCAAAACGAAACCACAAGGCUUAUGUAAAUUUAGGCUCCCUUUAAAUGUACACCAUAUACAUAGAAACACAAUUAGGCCUAAUAAAUUAUGAAAUGCAGACGUGCUUCAGCUUGUAGACUAAUAUUUUACAUCAUAAUUAUUAAUAAAUUGAACAUAAAUACUGUUUUAGUCUUUUUUUUUAAAUAAAAUAGAGGACACAAUGUCAACCAGAUCAUGAGGAAGAGAAUUAAAAAAUUUUGGACCUUGAAAGCGCACCGAAAAUUGUCUGAUAUUUGUCCUACAUGAAGGUACAUGAUACUUGGAGGAGUUUCUUGUAUUAAAAGUGUGAGUUUGAUCAUUUUUUAAAAACAUGUUGUCAAAUCGUUCAGGUAAAAGAGAAGAUUUAUGAUGAAACAUGAAUUGACCAAGUUGUAGCAUACAAAUAUCAUUCAGUUUUAAUAAGCCAAGCUUCUUAAAUAUAGGGCUAGUAUGUGCAUCGAAUGCGCUUUUAUUCAGUAUUCUAAUUACACGUUUCUGCAGUAAUUCAAUGCGACGAAUAGUAGUAGGAUACGUUAGUCCCCAAACAAUAACACAAUAUUGUAGGUAAGGAUAAAUCAUCGAAUAGUACAAUAUACGUAGAGACUCUAGUGGCAGACAGAAACUAGCUUUAUAAAUUACACCAAUAGAUUUUGAUAUUUUGUUAGCAAUAUGGGAAAAAUGCGAUUUCCAACUCAGAUUUUCAUCCAGAAUAACUCCCAAAAACACAGUUUCCUUGACUUAUUAUUAAUAAAUAGUUGUAUAUCCAGACAGAAUUUUUUUUGUUUUUUUUUAAUUAAUUUUUUUUUUUUAAUUAAUUUUUUUUUUUUUUUAAUUUGCCCAUAUAAAGCUAAAUAUAUUUACAAUCUAUAUUUUUACAAACAUUAGGGGCUAGGAACCUUUAUGAAACCCUAUCAGGCUUUUAUUCAAAGGCCCCUAGUUUAACAAUAUUAAUUAUUAUAUAAAAAUAGUUAAAGCUUGUUCAAUCUUGUCAAAGACAAAGUAAGAGUAUUUACAAAUAUAGUGAUUUGAAUAUAAAUAUACACAAGAGUUUAUUAUGUGAGAUUACAAAUGAAAGCCGUUAGGUAUAUUCCAAGAAAAGGCUUUUCAACUUUUUCUUAAAAGUAGAAUAAAACAUAGUAUUGCUAGUUCCUUUAUCAAGAGAGUUCCAUAUUUUAACUCCCUUGUUAACAAUAGUAUGUUUUGCAUAAUUAGUUCUACUAUAAUUGACAUGCAAUUUGUUAGAAUUCCGAGUAUUGUAAUGAUGCACUUCAUUGUUUUGUAUGAAGUAGCCAUUAAAAAAUUCAGGUAGAUUUUGUAAAUGUUUAAAACGGUACAUAAAUAAACAACUUAAAUAGUCAUUAAUCUUAAAGAUAUUCAAGAUUUUCAAUUUUUGAAACAAUGGUUCAGUGUGUUCAAGAUAAGAUUUAAAGUUCAUCAAUCUGAUAAUUUUUUUCUGUAAAUUCAGUAUUUUUAGCAGCCUUGUUGGGUACGUGUUACCCCAUAUUAAAUUCCCAUAAGUAAGAUAUGGAUAAACUAAUGCAUAAUAAAAUACAUUUAAUGUAUUUUUGUUUGUAUAAUGUCGUAUUUUUGCAAUCAACGCCGAUGCUUUAAUAAUAUUUUUGACAACUGAGUUUAUAUGGUUUCCCCAUGUUAGUUCUUGAUCUAUUAUUACACCUAGAAAUUUGACAGCAGUAGCCUGAUGUAUAAUGUUAUUGUUAAGUUGAAUAUUAAUAUCAGUGUCACAUUUUUUAUUUUUUGAUUUAAAAAUGACGUACUUAGUUUUUUUAGUAUUUAUUGAUAAUUUAUUGGCGUUUAGCCAUUUAGUCACUUCAUUCAUUUCUUUUUGCAUAACAUGCAUUAAAGAUUUGAGGCAUUUGUCAGAGUAAAACGCAUUUGUGUCAUCGGCAUACAUAACAAAAGAAAUUAUUUCACUACAGUUCUCAAUGUCGUUAAUAUAUAACAGAAAAAGUAGAGGCCCAAGAAUCGAGCCUUGCGGAACUCCUGAAGAUAUUGUCAUCUUACUUGACUUAUGAUCACGAAACUUAAGAAUUUGCGUUCUUUCGUGUAAGUAGUUUUCAAACCAUUUUAAACAAUUUCCUCUUAUACCAUAAUGUUCUAGUUUUUUUAGAAGAAUUUUAUGGUUAACUGUGUCAAAAGCCUUAGAUAGAUCAAGGAAAAUGCCGAUUGUGUAUUUUCCUUCAUCUAUGGCCUUUGAGAUUUUGUCAGUCAAUUCAAUAAUAGCAUGUUCAGUGGAGCGAUUUUUCCUGAAACCAUACUGGUGUUUAGAUAAAAUGUUUUGUUUUUCAAUAUAUGAAAUCAGUCUUUUGUACAUCGAAAAACAUUUUGUCUAGGUUUAAAUACCAUAAAUUUCGUUUUUUCCGUAUUAAGCGACAAUUUAUUUGCUUGAAACCAAUCAGACAGUUUUUCCAAUUCAUUAUUCAAAGAAUCGAUUACAUAUUGCGGGUCUUUAUGUGAAAAAAAAAUGUUUGUGUCAUCAGCAAAUAAAAUUGUUUCAACUAAUUGUGACACAUUGCAAAUAUCAUUAAUAUAAAGUAAAAAGAAUAAAGGGCCAAGGAUAGAACCCUGAGGCACCCCACAGCAAACAGCACUAGGAGAUGAACGAUGUUCAUUAAAUUGACCAAAUUGGGUUCUAUUGGUAAAAUAACUUUUUAUCUAUUGCAAUGGCAAGCCGCGAAUUCCAUAAUGUUCCAACUUAUCAAAUAGAAUCUCAUGAUUGACAGUAUCAAAGGCUUUAGAUAAAUCCAGGAAAAUCCCCACAGAAGUUUCUUUUCUAUCAAUCGCGUCUGAAAUCUUGUCAUAUAAAUCUAUCAAAGCAAGUGAAGUUGAAUGAUUUUUGCGAAAUCCGAAUUGAUUAUCAUAUAAUAUCUUAAAUUUAUCGAGAUAUGCCAAUAAACAAUUAUACAUAGCCCUUUCGAGAAACUUUGAAAAACAUGGAAGUAUAGAUACUGGUCUAUAAUUUGAGAAUAUUGCACGAUCACCUGCUUUAAAUAAGGGAAUUACACAUGCAAUUUUCAUAUCAUCAGGGACAAUGCCACUAGCAAUGGAUAAGUUAAGUAUAUGAGAAAGUGGUUCUGCAAUGAUAUUAAUAAAAUGUUUAAUUAUUGACAUAGGAAGAACUGAACAGAACUGAACUUUCAACGAACCAAGUCGAACCAGUCUUUCUGAACUUUCAGACUGAACUUUCAACGAACCAAGUCGGCAGCGCGUCAGAUUUACAACUUCAAGGAAGCUGAUUUUGAAGGUCUCAAUAAUACGCUGAGUCGGAUAACAUUUGAUGUUAACACUACCAACGAUAUCGAUAAACUUUGGUCUUGCUGGAAAAAGUCGUUCCUUGACGCAGUAAAUAACCACAUCCCAACUAAAACAAUAAAGGAUACCAACUCUCUUCCUUGCGUAGAUAAAGAAGUUCGUCAUCUCAUUCGAAAGAAAUACUCAGCAUUAAAAAGAUACCGCCAAAACAAGUGUGAAACGAGAAAACAAAAGCUAAGAGGCUUAAGUGACGCCGUCAAGUCGCUAAUUAAAAAGAAGCAUAGGGAAUAUCUAAGUAGAUCGAAACAUCAUUUGCAACUAAUCCAAAACUUUUCUGGACUUACCACAAAGCAAUUUUGCAUAGCAGAUCAAAACAGACUUCUGACAUUGUCUUCAACGGUAUUACAGCAAAGUCUUCUGCAGGAAAAGCCGAGCUUCUGAAUUCUUACUUCUCCUCAGUAUUUACAACAUCCAGUACUGACAUCGGGGAUUGUGAUGGUGAGGCGUCUGAAACUGAGUCGGGAUUGGGUGAAUUAACAGUUGAUGUGGCUGAAGUGGAAAAUUACCUCAGAAAUUUAGACAUCACCAAAGCGAGUGGCCCUGACAAGAUACCAGCACGUCUACUAAAAGAAUGUGGUCGGCACAUUGCGCCUAGUAUCUGUGAAUUAUUUAACGUAUCCUUGCGUGUUGGACGACUUCCGGUAGAGUGGAAAUCAGCGAACGUGACACCAGUUCACAAGAAACAUCUGAAAGAACCAGCGGAGAACUACCGACCGAUAUCCCUUUUGCCUAUCAUUGCAAAACUAUUGGAACGUUGCGUAUGUAGGCGACUAUACGAACACGUAAUUAGCGCUAUCUCCUUAGGACAACACGGUUUCCUACGCAAUCGAUCAUGCACUACACAACUGCUGCAAGUUUUACAUAAGAUUGGAGAAAACCUUGACAGUAAUAUUCAAACAGACAUUGUCUACUUGGAUUUUGCCAAAGCUUUUGACUCUGUCGAUCACGGUUUAAUCUUGGCAAAACUCAGGCAAUUCGGUGUACAUUCGAACAUGCUAAAUUGGUUCACUAACUACUUAACUGGUCGGACCCAAAGAGUUGUCGUUGAUGGUGUUGCUUCAGGUUGGUCCUCAGUAACAUCUGGUGUACCACAAGGUAGCAUACUUGGUCCAAUGUUGUUUGUAUUAUUCAUCAAUGAUUUACCCGACAUCAUUCCCGAUAUAUCAGAAACUGCUUUGUACGCUGACGACACAAAAACAUUCAGGAAAAUUACUUGCGAAGAUGAUGCUCGCCAAUUACAACAAACCCUGACAAACCUAGCCACCUGGAGCAAUACCAACAAUAUGAGGUUCAACGAGUUAAAAUGUAAAGUGUUGACUGUGUCGCGAAAGAAACAACCUGUGGACUUCACAUACCGACUUGGGCUCAACCACUCUUACUCAUGUUGAAAAAGAGAAAGAUCUUGGGGUUACAAUGACUGGAAAGCUUUCAUGGGAUUCUCAUAUCCAUGAGAUCACAGCUAAAGCCAACAAGCUGCUCGGUCUAUUGAAGAGAACAUGCCCUUUCCUGACUGACGUCAGCGUCCGACGUACUUUGUACCUUUCGUUGGUAAAAUCCAAUCUAUGUUAUGCCUGUGAAGUUUGGUCCCCAUACAUCUGCUCACAGAAGACAAAGAUAGAGCGUGUGCAGAGACGAGCCACUAGAUGGAUAUUGAAAGCUAGAAAGGGUGAUUCCAGCUACAAUGAGCGUCUCGUUGAUCUGAACUUACUACCUUUGUGUUAUGAUAGAGAGAUAAAAGAUCUAAUGUUCUUCUACAAGGCUCUUUAUGGUAUUUCCGAUCUCAAUGUUCAUGACUAUGUCUCGUUUGUAACCCAUAACCACUCCCGUCUAUGUCGUAAUCCCAACCUGUUGCUCAAGACUCCAUUGUGUAAAACCACAACAUAUCAGAACUCAUAUUUCAACCGGAUCGUGAAAUUAUGGAACAGUGUUUGUAAAGUAGCUCCACCAAAUACAUUUUCUAGUGUCAAAACAUUUAAAUACUACCUCUUUAAUUAUUAUUCUAUGUUAGUAUCGACCGUAUUCGAU